AUGUAUUUUAUGGUGAUAUGUGCAGAAAAUGACAGAGAGUUUGAUUGUAACCACCAUGGAGAGAUUGGACCUCAUCGAUGGGGAGAAAUUAAACCCGAAUGGAGUGCAUGCAAUCACGGAUCGAUGCAAUCACCCAUAGAUCUCUUGAAUGAGAGAGUUGAAGUUGUUUCUCAUUUAGGGAGAAUCCACAGAGAAUACAAGCCUUCCAACGCUACCAUAAAAAACAGAGGCCAUGAUAUUAUGUUGAAAUGGGUAGAUGGAGCAGGAACUCUUGAAAUAAAUGGAACUGAAUACGUACUCCAACAGUGCCACUGGCAUUCACCAUCUGAGCAUACCAUCGACGGCAAGAGUUUUGAUUUAGAAGCUCACCUGGUUCAUGAGAGCAAAGAUGGCAAGGUUGCCGUAAUUGGGAUCAUGUACACAAUCGGAAGGCCUGAUACUUUCUUGUCAUCUAUCAUCGAUCAUUUAUCAGUGGUUACUGAUAACGAAGAUGAGGAGAAAGUAAUAGGUGAGGUUAACCCAAGAGAUAUAAAGUCUGGAAGCAGAAAGUAUUACAGAUACAUUGGCUCUCUCACUAUCCCUCCUUGUACUGAAAAUGUUAUCUGGACCAUGGUUAGAAAGGUGAGGACAGUGACUAGAGAACAAGUGAAAUUGCUUCGUGUAGCUGUUCACGAUGAGUCAGAUACAAAUGCAAGACCACUACAGCCUAUAAACAAGCGUUCAGUGCAGCUUUAUAGGCCAAGGGAAAACGAGAAGAAUAGAAAGCUAUUAUAAUUUAAAAAAUAAUAUGUCGCAGAGAUCUCUUAUAAUUAGACUAAUAUUACUUAUAUAUAUGAUCAGUCCAAGAAGACUAUUAGCGAGUCUUCUACAGUGUCCAUGUAUUAUGUCAGUCACACAUGGUCUCAGAUUCUCCUUCUGGGUGUUUCUCUAUCAUGUACUUCUAUAACUAGUUUCUAUUGUUGUCCAGUACACUGUGUACUGCUUGUUAUCAUGCAUGUAAUGAGUACGAAAUUUAUUCCAGAUUCAUAUUAAAUAAGUACUCUACAUUAAUUCGAA